AUGGACAAUCAGACUUUAAACGAAAACCUCAAGAUCUGCAUCAUUGGAGCUGGUAUUGGCGGUCUCACAUGUGCCAUCGCUUGCCGCCAACAAGGUCUGUCAGUGAAAGUGCUGGAGCAAGCCCCAGAGAUACUACCGAUCGGUGCUGGUAUUCAGAUUCCUCCAAAUGCGAGCAGAGUCCUCGAAAGUUUGGGAAUUCUCCCCUCAAUCCGACAUGUUGCCUGCGAGAUGAAGACCAUCAAGCUAAGACGGUACGAAAACGGAGCUCUGCUCACCUCGAAGCCUAUCAAACAUCAAACACCAUGGUUUGUUAUUCACCGAGCAGACUAUCACAAAAUCUUGUUGAACAGAGCCAAAGAACUCGGAGUGCACGUUUUGCUGGGAAGCAAGGUCGAUAGAAUCGAUUUCAACACCGGAGAAGCAUACCUUGACCAAGCUGUGGUAGUCAAGAGCGAUGUAAUUAUAGGAGCCGAUGGUCUAUGGUCAACGACAAGGGAGAGUAUGUUGGGCCGUAGCUCCGCACCAGUUGAGACUGGAGACCUAGCCUACAGGGCAACAUUCACUCGUGAGCAGCUAGAAGGAUUGGAUGAACCCAGAAUCACAGAACUGUGCAAUGAGCCCGGCGUCACCGCGUGGUUAGGGCCAGGAAAACACUGUGUACUAUACCAGGUUCAGGGAGGUGAACAGAUCAACAUGGUGUUGAUACGGCCGGAUGAUCUGGCUUCAGGCGUACGCACGGAGCAAGGUGAUAUUGGAGAAAUGAAGCAAACGUUUGAGGAUUGGGACGGAGUCUUGACCAAGAUUAUUAGCUGCAUUCCAACGGUGCUGAAGUGGAAGCUCAUGCACCAUGGCGAGCUAGAUCGUUGGGUAAAGGGAUGUGUGGCGUUAUUAGGUGAUGCCUGUCACCCGACCUUGCCCUAUCAAGCACAGGGAGCAGCAAUGGCCGUUGAAGAUGGUGCCAUUAUCGGACAGCUCCUGGGUAGAUUGAAUCAGAACUUAAGAGACGGCAACAUCAAUCGUCACAAUUUGCAGGGUCGCAUUACCAGCGUGUUACAGCUCUACGAGCACUGUCAGAAGAAACGAACCACCAUCAAUGUGCAAGGUGCCCUCAACAAUCGCCACUUCUACCACAUGUCGGAUGGAGAAGAACAAAGGCUGCGCGACCACCUGCUAGCUCAUCAUACAUGGACCGAUGAGAAAUCGGUCUAUAAAUGGUGUGAUAUGAGUUACAGCGAAGAGCUUCUGGACGCGAAUGUUCUUGAGAACGCUGAGAAAACCUUUGACGACUGGGUCAGUACACAAUGGACUAAAACACGGCAUUCUUUGUGA